AUGAAGGUGGUGCCAGUGGUGGCGACGAUCGCUGCCGGGGUUGCAAAGGCCGCCCCUGAAAGGCAAGUGGAGGACGAGGCUGCUGGCCCUGGGCCAAGGAGGGAGGAACAGCCCCAGGGGGGCUUGCACCUCAAGAAAGAGGAAUCAAAGAAGUUGGACGAGGCCCAAAGAGCCUGCGCCGUCGAGCGACAUGAAGAGGCUAUAAGUAGUAAUGAAGAGCUGGUGAGGCAAAAAGAUGAGACUGAUGGCAAAGUUGGCGAUCUCCAGAGGGAACUGGAGGGAGAGCGCGCCAAGGCGGUGGAGGAGAAAGGGAGGCUUCAGAGGGAGUUAGAAGCAGAGAGAGUGCAGGCGACGGCGGAGAAGGAGAGCUUGAAGGAGGAAUUGGAGGUGGAGAAAGCGAAGGCGGCGUCAGAAAGGGCGGCCCUGCAGAAAGAGCUGGGCGAAGAGAGGGUAAAGGCAGUCUCUCAAAGGGCGGCUUAUCUCGAUCUGUGCGUCGCAACAGUGGAGCAAUUCAAAGGGUUUGCCAAAUUUCAGGUGGCGGUUGAUGCCGCGGUCGCGAGUAGCCUGGCUGGGCAGGAAUCUGGAGGGGCGGGCCCAUCGAGGACGACUGCUGGACGCAGAACUGACGCAGAAUUGUGCUUGUCAUUUGUCAUUUGA